AUGGCGCCUUCCGCAGGCGAGGUUGUGACGGCGGCCGUGGACGUACGCAGCGUCGGCGAGCUGCAGAGUCAGCUGCGCGCCAUGUCCUACAGCGAGCCAUUCGGAGUGGAGAGUGCGCGUCUGGUGCGUCGCCUCCUUACAGACUUGUUGACGGCCUCCGAGGCACGAGAAACAGCCGAAAAGAAGCUGGAGAAGGCGCAGAGAGACGCGCUCGAGCUAUCGCAGAUCCUACUGCCGCUGCGCAAGGAGAACGCGCAGCUCACGAAGGAGAACAACAGCCUCCACUUGGAGAUAAUUCACCAGGAAGAAGCUAUCACAGAGCGGGAGAAGGCCUGCGAACUGCAGCUGGAAGGUCUACGAGAUGACGUCAAGAAGCUGCAGUUCCUCAACACUCAAAAGACUCAGCAAUGUACCAAGAAAGAGCAAGAGGUGGCGAAGCUGCAGGCCCAGCUGGAGCGUGUUCUAGCGACUGGAGGAGCUGUACCGGGUUUUGGCUCUGCGUCCAUAGAGAUGAGAGGCUCAGAUGUAAGUUUGUCACCCAGGAGAUUAUCUAUCGACAGUCCGCAGAGGAGAGUGCAGCAGCCAGAGCAACACGCACAAGUGGCCAAGGAUUUACAGGAACAGCUGAGCGCGCUGACGAGAGAGAACGAGAAGCUGCGAGCACAGUGUGAACAGUUCGACGACAAGCUGGCCAAGCGCGAGAAGGAGAUUGACAGAUUGUCCAAGCUCUCGGUGCAGGUCGUGAGUGAUAAGGAGAGCUCGUCCAGGAAGCUGCAGGACUUGGAGGAACGCUAUCAGACCAGAUCGAAGCAAGAGGCUAUGGAGCUGCAUGCGGAACAGCUGAGUACGCAGGUGGACAUUCUCAAUGAUCAGGUGGCCAAGUAUGAGAGCAGACUGAAGGAGGCGACGGAACAGAUCCGUCGGAAUGGCGACAUCGCAGAGAGGCUGCAACAAGCCGAGCUGGAUCGAGAGCAUUUUGUCAAGGAAUUGAACGUACUGCGGACCAAAUAUCAAGUCCUGGAAGAAGAGUAUUCGCGAUGUGGGGACGCACACGUACCAGCUUCCCAGCCAGUAGCUGCUGACUCUGAAGCUGAAGAGGAGACCGCGACUGAUGUAACAAUGCUGCAAGAACAGGUGCAGACGCUGACGACGCACAAGGACCGGCUUGAAGACGCUCUUCGCGCGAUGCACUACGACAAGAUCUCGUACACGAACGCGCUUUCGAACGCCAAUUCGCACAACCGUGUGCUGACCAGUGACCUGGCUCGCGCUGAAGCCAAGGUGAAGGAGCUUAACGUGGAGAAGGCGAAGCUGGAGCAGUCUUUGGCGGACGCUAGAGCCUCUCUCGAUGCACAUACACGUGAGCUUGAUGUGCUGCGUGAAUCGUUGAAACAGAGUGAAGACAACCGCGUGCUUGAUAACGAGAAGAACGCGUCACUGCAUCGCGAACUGCGAUCAAUGGAUCAGUUACUGUCCCAGCGAGACGAAGAAUGCCGGUCAUUGAAUCGUGCACUGCUGGUUCAGAAGGGAGAAGUGGAGCGCUUGACGGCCAAGCUGGACAGACUGGAAGGAGCAAGAGGCGAAGAUGGAGCUCAGGAUGGCAGGAAGGCGGUGUUUGCGCAGGAAAUGAAGUGGCUGGAAGAAGAGCGACAUGAGCUUCGACGCGAGAAGGAAGAACUGAUGCUGCAGGUCAUGACUCUCGAAGAAGAACUGCAGAAGGCGAAGGUUUCAAUGGAAGAGGCUGGACAGGAGAAAGAGAGGCUGUUGGAGAAGAUCAACGUGGCGUCCCAGAUGCAAACCAGCCUUGAAUCUAUGCUGGAGACCAAGAAACGAGAGUGUUCUGAAGUCCAGAGACAGCUCGUGGAGAGUAAAGAACACGUUCGCGAGCUCACAGACAAGCAGAAUCAAGCGCAAGUGCUGUUGGGUCGAGCGGAAGAGACUGAAAACGAGAAGCUGGUCGUGCAGAACGAGGCACUGGCACUUAAACGGCAUGUGGAGGAGCUGCGUGACCAGAAUGCAAGCCUGAAGAGCCGCGUGGAGAACGACGAGUUGUACGCUAAGAGACUGUCGGAUCAGAUUCAAAAACUACAGACAGAAGCUGCUGUGACCACCAAGAAGUGCUCUACGCUUGAGAAGGAGAAGACGGAGUUGCAGAACAGCUAUGACAGUGCCAUGGUGGAGCUACGCAACGCUCGACAGACGUGGAAUCACUACCAGAACGAGUUUGAAAAGCUUUCAAAAGAAGUCCAAGCACAGCAACACUCGCUAUCGUCCGGACAGAAUGCGCUACAGUCCAGUCAGAGCUCUGUCAGUGACCUGAGGAAUCAGGUCCGUCAGCUGCAAAGCGAGUUGAAGCUCAAGCAGAACAACGCGCACCAGUUGGAGACGCGACUGGAACAGGAGAGGACCAGUCACAAGAGCGUUCAAACGCAGUUGGUUCUGCUGCAAGACGAGCUGUUGCAAGUGAAGGAGACAAACCGUGCACGUGAGAUCGCGUUGAAGCAAUUGCGAGCUGAACUCCAGUCCAAGGACCGUGCGUUGACCGAGAAGACGGAGGCUGUGGAGAACUUUAAGCUGUUGAUCGAGCAGAUGGAGUCGUCUCGUGACCAGAUGGUGUUCCAAACGAAGCAGCGACAGCAGCAGAUCCAGCGGCACCAGCAAGAAAUGGACGACCUACACACGAAGAUCAGCUCUCUGGAAAGCGAAGUAUCGGCGAAGAACAGUGAGAUUGCGUCGCUUAAGAAGCUGACGCGAACGCUGGAUAGCGAGAAGGACGUCGUCCAUGACCAGUUGGAUGCACUGACUGAAAAAUACCACGAGAUCGAAAAGCAGAACAAUGAGUUACGCAAGGCUGUGCAGGCUAAGAAGACGGACGCUUCGGGUAUGCAGGAGCAGAUGGGCAGCUUGGUGAACAAGCUGAACGAAGCGGAAGACGAGCUGAGCAAGAUGCAGGAGCGUUGCUCGCAGCUGGAGAGUGAAGUGGAUCGCUUGGAACACUUGAAGGGAAUGCACACGGCUGAGCUGGCUGCUCUUGCACAAGACUUGGAGAACAUGACGGUGGAGAACCAAGCGAUUAGUGAAGAGUGUACUCGGUUGCAACGUAUGGAACACUCGCAUUCCCAGUCGACGAAGAACAUGAAGCAGACGACUCGAGAGAUCGAACGCGAGAGGGAUACGCUGCAGAUUGAGCUGGAAGAUCUGCGCCACACAUACCGAUCUUUGAUCCAGGAACACGAGGGGAUGCAGAAGGCACGAGCGGAGAUUUCAGCACUGCAAGAAGAGCUCACUGUUGUGAAUGAGGCAUUGAGGAAGCAAGUGGCGACGCUGGAUAACCAGCUUGAGGUGUUGAGGGAGAAGAACGUGACGUUGACGACUGAAUCUGCGACGUAUCGUGACCAAGUGAGUUUUCUGACGGAGAAGCUGCAAGCGAGUGAGGAAAAACAAGGUGAUCUUCAGGCAAGAAUGCAGCAACUUGUACAGGAGUUGGAUGCCCAGAAGCAAGUGUCCACGGAGAUAUCUGCCCAGCGAUAUGGCGCUCAGGCAGAGAACGCAGCCGUCUCGCAGCGGAUUGUCCAUUUGGAAGCGAAACUGAGCAACUGCAAGUAUGAUAUCAAGUCUCUACAGGAUAAACUUCAUGCUGAGCAAUCGCAGCGCCGAAGCAUGGAAGAGGUUGCGUCCACUCUCCGCCAGAAGGUCGCGAAUAAUGAAACGUUGAUUGCGCACUUGGAGGAGCAACGAGAUGCUAUGGCUCAGGAGAUUCAAGCGGCUCAUCAACGUCAAGUUCCUCCCUCGACUCCUGUGAUGAAUAUGUCCGAGCUGAACCACUCGCCACCGUCGAAUGACCAGGCUUCUCAUGAUAAUUCUCAUGGUAAGAGAGAAGCACACUCUUCGUCCGUUUCGCCAGCAUCGAAUGGGACUGGAAGCACCCCGGAAUCUGGCGGCAAAGCGUCUAGCUCGUCUUCGUUCCUCCCUAUGCAUGCGCUGGAAGAAGCACAAUUGAAGUGCCAAGAGCUGGAAGACCGUCUUGCUCAGCAAGAUGACACUAUUAAGCAAUUGGAGCGAUCUCGAAGCAAGUUUAAGCGAUUUGCUGCGAAAUACGAGCGGGAAAUCGAGCAGCGUGACCGACGAAUUGAAGAGCUACGAAGCAGCUCUCACGCGUCAUCCUUUGUGUCUCCAGACGCACAGUCUUUCCGAUCUAGACACUCGAGGUCUUCUUCCUCGUCAUCAUCAUCCAGCCGGUCAGCAAGGCCACCUGUAAACACCAGUGUUACCAGCAUACCCGCCUCCUCUCAAUAG